AAUGUUCCUUCAAGUAGUUUCUGUUUUAUUAAUUGCGCUUGUGACCAAUUGGUUCUAUCACUUUAUAAAAUUCUAUAAAUAUUUACAUAAAAUUCCUGGACCAAGAGUAUGGCCGAUUAUUGGUAACAUUUUAGAAUUUAAAGACAUUAAACGGACGAUUUACACGCUGGAUAGAUGUAUGAGACGUCUAAAGACAAAAUCGAUGAGAUUGCAUAACGGUUUUCAUACUGGGGUUUUAACUAAAGACUACCAACUUAUUGAGGCUUUAUUAAGUAGUCAACGAGAAAUAGAUAGAGGUUAUGAGUACGAGUGCAUAAGAACUUGGUUAGGAAAUGGUAUAUUCAUAUCAAAUGGAAAAACAUGGCGCCAACAACGUAAAACACUCAUGCCAGCAUUAUACACACAACAUUAUCCAAAUUUUCUUGAUGUUAUCGUUAGAAAUGCCAAUUUAAUGGUGGAUUGUCUAAGAAAAACUUUAGAUCAAUCUAGUGUUGACAUUGCACAAUUUUGUACACUUUGUACGUUGGAUAUAAUAUGUGAAAUAGGAAUGGGUAUUAAUAUCAACGCACAAAAUGGCGACAAUGAAGAUUAUGUCCGUGCAAUUCAUAAAAUAACCAGUAUAUCAGCACAAAAGUUCUGUUAUCUUGUUUAUAACAAUCCUAUGACCUAUAAAUGGACGAAAAAGUUCAAACAAGAACAAAAUGUUAUGAAGAUAAUCAAUAAUUAUACGGAUAAGUUCUUUCAAGAGAGGAGAGACAUUCUAAACCAACGGAAUGAUAAAAAUGUACAAAAUGAUAUGCAAACUGUAUAUUUAGAUGUUUUAUUUGAAGCAACUAUUGAUGGAAAACCUCUAACACAACAAAUGAUGCGAGAUGAGAUAAAUGUAUAUAUAUUUGGCGGCCAUGACACCAGCGCCAUUACACUUGCCUUUGCGAUGUUUGAAUUAUCUAGAAAUCCAGAUAUUCAACUGAAAGCAUUCGAAGAAAUAAAUAAUAUUUUCGGUAGCGACUUAAAUCGACCUUGUACGUAUGAAGACACAACCAAAAUGAAGUAUCUUGAUGGAAUCAUCAAAGAAACAUUGAGGUUAUAUCCACCAGGUCCAUUUGUUAGUAGAAAACUCCAAAAAGAUAUGACAAUAGAUGGCAUUACGUAUCCGAAAGAUGUAACAAUUGCCGUGUGUGUUUAUGGAGUGCAUCACGAUGAGAGUUAUUAUGACGACCCGGAAAAGUUUGAUCCUGAUCGAUUUGUAGUACAUCAGUUAGACACCAAAAGACCGUUUAGUUUUCUUGCGUUUAGCAAAGGUCCACGUAAUUGUGUUGGGCAAAAGUUUGGAAUGUUUCAGUUGCGUAUUUUGUUGAGUACGAUUCUACGCAAAUUCGAAAUAGUUCCAGCCAAACCGGUUCAUUGUUUAGAUUUAGUCAACAGUAUGGUUAUCGGAUCAGCAAAUGGCAUUCGCGUGCGCUUACAAAAUAGAAGUUUAUAAUUUAUUGAAAUGAAUGCAGUGUAGAAUGGUUUAGAAUUUAGAAUAUUGUAGCAUUUUUUAUUAAUAUGUUUAGAAAAAUUAAUUAAAUGAUUUUCACAUAUUUGUUUAAUGUAUCGUAUAGAAAGGUUUAAAUGAAAAUAUUACGGAGAGUCACUUGUGAUCGAUUCAGCGAUCUGAUUAAAAGCACGUUGUGCCGUGAAGUGUAGAAUAAAACGACCAAAGAGGAAGCAGAGAAGAAAAAGUAGCGUUUAGCGUAGAGACAGGGCUGCCAAACAACGACUGAUUGCAUGCGUUUACUACACUGCGCGCGUCCUCUACGUGGUCCCUAAAAUACGCCCUGAUGGAAAUAAAAUGUCUCCUGACUAUGAUUUUUCGUCAAUUUAUGUUGAAACCUACGAUUUCCGAACAUAAACUUAAACUUUGUUCAGCGAUUACGUUAACGUCCUUGACCAGUAUAAAAAUUCAAUAUGUCGAAACAAAAUAAAAAAAUUAAGCUAUUUUAGUACAUGAUUAGGAGACGGCACUUAUAUUAAUAUCUAAUAAAAGAUAUUGUUAUCAAAAAUAUAUCACAAAUAUUAUUAUCCAACAUUUUAUUUCAAUGA